UAUAGAGAGUGAUAGUGGGGGGAGGGCAGCCAAGCGACGAGGACUGUCUGACCUAUAUGAAGAGUGGAUGACCUAAGUGCGGGGAGCUGGCUGCUCUCCUGUACCCACACACCUUACCCGCAUACAAUGUUCUUUUCAGGUGGCCUAAGCUGCCUCUUGAUGAUGAUGAUGAUGAUGAUGAUGAUGAUGAUGAUGAUGAUGAUGAUGAUAAUUCAAUAGAAACGUUCAGAACCCACCAAGUUAAUCAUUCAUGUAUAUACGAGUUUAUAACCUUUGUGUUAUACGAAAAUGAGAUCAAAGUCAGCGAUUCACGACGACAUGACUAAUAAGACGAAUAACUGGAAACUGACAUUUUACUGUCCACUAUAUUAAUGACUCGACCACCAUAAUAUUCCCCAAUAGAAAUCUUCACUACAUCACUGACUAUCACCAAUAAUGUUCUCUCUAAUCUUACCAUGGACUAAAAAAAAAAAAAGAUCUGGGCGACAAUUAACUUCUCUAUGCCUGCAACUCUCUCUCUCUCUCUCAAUUGCUUAUGCUAAUUAAGAGCCGCACGGACAGACACAUUAGCUACAUGGAUAACAAACUCAACUGAAGUGAAAUGAACGUCAGUGGUGAAGGUGUGGUGGAUGGCGCCCAGAAGAUGCACUUGGUGAACAACAGCAACGGCUCCACACAUCCUUCCGUCAUUUCUCCUCACUCCUACAAAUCAAAUACUAAGUAUAAAACCCAUACAAACAAAUCUACCAAUUUAAUGUUAGAGGAUUCAUCCAGCACUAUACCUCCUGACAUCCAAGCGUCGCCAACUAUGACAGGUACAGACUACAGUACGUCAGGGCGCUGGGUGCGGCGCCUCGGGUACGCCGAGAGGUUCAUGAGUCAAGCACAUGAUUACGGCUGCAUGACAACCGUGUACUCUCUCUGGCUUGAGUCUCGUAUCCCACUCGAUUAUGAACAUAUAAAACAAGCUUCCGUCAUUAUGUUCAGAAAAAUGCCGAACCUGCGGUUGCACCUGGACCAUCUAGAUGAUGACGUCUGGUGGCGAGAGAUGACGAGGGAGGUGGUGGAUGUGGAGGAACUCGCAACUGACGAUGUGGAGGCUACAAUUCAGUUGUUGGUUCGCCGUCGUUACCACAUGCAGGAGGGUCCACUAUGGUUUGCACGCUUCGUUACCCUGGACCCCAAUGAGGAGUGUGUGCGAGACAAUAACCACAAUUUGAAAUACAAAUACGUGUGCAUUUUUGGCUUCCACCAUAAUAUCAGUGACGGAAGCACGAACAUGAAGUUUUGUCAAGUGUUUCUCAAAGUGCUUAAUGACCUGGUGCAGGGGAAAGAUAUUGACAUGUGCCAAGAGGGAACAUUUGCAAUGCCUCUUCAAGACGACCUCGGUAACAACUUAGCAUCAAUUUGGUUUGUAAUGGGUAUCUUCUUGAGUCGUCUCUACAAUAUUAUCCUCACACAUGGGUUUCCAGUGUGGAACUUUAUAAAUUACUAUCGCAUGCCAGUAGAGAUGGAAGCGGGCACUCACGUACUGCAGCAGAAUGAACUUGACGAAAAUGUCACUCGCAAACUAAUAAGUCGGUGCAAGAUGGAAGGUGUGACUCUAAACUCGGCAUUCACUGCAGCAGCCAAUCUCGCUAUGUACAAAAUGAUGUUGGACAAGAACAGUAAUUUGGAUGAAACUAAUCUGUGUUCUCAACAAGCUAUUAACAUGAGGAGAUACUGGCCAAAGCACUUACGGCAAGAUGGAUUUGGAUGCCAUAUAUCUUUAUUGGAUGUAAUUUUCCCAACAAAGAGAAGUGACCUUAACGCAUUUUGGGAGUAUGCACGAGGCAUCCAUGGCAUCUUGAAUUACCACCUGACCGAGACCAAACGAGCCAUUAAACUUCUGCCAAUGAGCGAGCGUCUCAGCAUUAUCAUUCGUCACAACUACUUGAUGUCUAAGCUAGGACUGCCUUCUGCCAGCGAUAACCAUUACACUGUGACCAACAUGGGCAACCUUAACAGCACCUUUCCUGGCACUGGGGAGGAGGUGGAAGUCUCAAAGGUUUUUCGCUCUGUGUCCUGCCACUUUAUGCCCACACUCUGCCAACACACACUGCAGACCUUCCGGGGCCGCUUUUGCUACUCGCUCGACUACUACGCCCACAAAAUGACUAGGGAAACAGCUUCCCAAUACGCUAAGGAGAUCAUCGACACGCUAACCUCGUCCAUCCAUGUACCCAACUGACUUCACUAAGAGUCCCCCUUACACCUCCAGGUUGCGAAGGUUACAUCCAGUGACGAACCAACACCCGCCAAAGAAGCUUCAUUGCCAGGCCAUCAAACCUGCAUCAUGACAGUUCAUUCACCAUUACCACACAGCUCACCGACAAGGACACAGCUAUGACUCCUACCUCCUGCCUCGUAUGGCAGUUAAUGUACAAAUCCCAUUUAUGCAUUUUGGACAUUGACCAGUAUUAAGUGUGAGUCUAACACAUAAACCCUGACUCCUGCUAUAUUAUUAUAAGGUGUAGAAUUCUUGUUUAGAAUGUAUUGUCAAAUAAGCUAAAGAAUAAAUAUAAGUAUUUCUA